AUGUACCAAAUGCAAAGUAUUUUGACAGCAUGUUUUGCACCAGAUACUAAACACGCAGACGAUUGGUUCAAAAACCAAAGCACACAAGAACUUUUGAGCGAAGCACAGCGAGUCCGACUUCCUUCGGGGUCGCCUAAAACUCAUGAAAAUCGUAAAAAUUUGCCAAUAAAUUUAAGAGGAUAUUAUGUACAUAGACUUCUUGUAAAUGCUGUUGCAAUGUGGGCUUCGCCUCGUUAUGCUUGGUAUAUUUACAGACUUCUUGACGAAAUUCAUAGACAAGAACGUGAAGAGAUGGAAAAGAAACUUCAUGCAAAAGAUGAAGUCAUUGAAGCAAAAGACAAAAGCAUUCAAGAAAGAAUACCACGUUCGGUACCAAAAGGAAAGGAAAAGAACUAUAAGUAUAUGAUUUAUACUGAAGAGUUGGAGAAAGAAGAAGAUAAAGAUAUGGUUAUGUUGCAUUUAGUCAGAAGAAACAACAAAAGCUUUUAUGACCUUGCUAAGAUUUACAAAUCUGACAGAAAUUGGUUCUAUCGCGAAAACUUACCGAUUUCAAUGACCCCAAAUGAAGAUGUGAAACAAAUAGUUCAAGAUACGUUACCUCAAACACACUAUGAUAUUAAA